AGCACGAGCACGGCAGGUCACCCCUAGAGGCCUAUCCACCGCCACGCCCCCACCAGAUUUCGCCGGAUCUCAGCCCACAUGCGGACGGACUCCGCCGAGAGCUCAAGCAAAUACCUUGGCAUAUCCGUCUCGCACUCCGAGGUCCACCACGCUCGCUCUCCGCUUCCCGCCUUCCCCAGCCCCACACCCGUUUUUAUUCCUCCCCGCUCCGCACCUCGAGCUCGCUCUCGGCGCUAUAGGCAGCUCACGGACUUGGCGGUUUUACAUUGGGGGGCUGCCUGCAACUGCAAGUGCAUAGCCGCCCUCCACUCCUCCCUCUCUUUCCCCGCCGCUUCCUCCUCCCGCCUCGGAUUCCCACCCCCAGCUCCGGCUCCUCACCUCACGGCACCAACCCAAAACUCUAGCCCGCGCAUGGCGUCCCCCGCGCGCCCCGCUGCCGCCUCCGUCUCCGGCGCCUUCGGCCUGCCCCCGGACGCGCGCUGCUCCUACGAUCAGCCCCUGCCCCGCCGCCGCGAGGGCUUGCAGGACGGGAGGCUGGUGCGGACGUUCGUGGCCGCCUACGGCCAGCCGCCGCCGCCGCAGCAGCAGCAGCAGCAGCAGGACGGUUUCUUGUACCCCAAGGACGCCGUGGUGGCGGCCGUGGAGGAGUGCACGCGGAAGCAGGCCGACGCACUGCUGCACUCGCUCGGCGCCAUCGGGGGCAGGCUCUCCCAGCUCGAGCUCUACUGCUACAAGCUCGAGAGGUCCAUCGGGGAGCUGCGCAGCGACGUCAUGGACUACCACAGCGACAGCAACGCCAACUUCAAAUGCAUCGACAGGAACCUCAGACAGGUCCACAAAUCGCUCCAGCUUCUUCAGGAUAGACAAGACUUAGCCGAAACUGCAAAAGAACUCAGCAAGCUUCAGAUAGCACACGAGGCGCCUUCUCAGACGAAGGGUGAGGCCGCCGGUUUCCCCAUGCUCGCGGCAAGGGAAAACGGCCACAGCACGCGAGCCCCAAAACACGAGGUCGCCCUUUUGCCGCUUCACCAGGUCAAUGGGACGAUGCACUCCCCUGCCGUGCCCGUGCAGGUCCAGACCAGCAACGGCUUCGUUCUGCAGCACCUGGUGCCCGUCGCUUUGAGCACGCAGCAGCAUGAGCAGCAGCAGCUGAACCAGGCUCCCGUGUUCUACGUGCAAAGCCGGGACCGUGCUAAAUGCACCGAGGGCAAGGCGGCGUUGGAGCCUCUGGUUCAGGUUGUGCAGCCGCUUGCGCACAGCCCUGAUGCCGUGGUGCAAGUCGAGCUGCCUCAGAAAGCUAGUCAAGCAGCAGCAGCUGAACUGUACCCUCAGCCUCAGACUCAGAGUCACAGGCUGCAGACGCCUACCCAGCAGGUUGAUCUGCAUACAUGGCAUCCCCAGCAGCCCAUGGUGCAAGUGCAACAGCAGCAGUACAGUAUCCAACAAGUUUCACGACAUAUGGUGGUGGCUCAGCAGCCGUCCUCGUCUCCUCAGUCUCAGCUGAGCGCUCCACAAGCCACACCCUUGUUUCCUCCAUUCAGUUCCGUGAAACCUUCGAGUUGUAACACGGAGACAAUUACAAGAAGAAUGGCUGGGCAGCCUCCAUACUCUUCAUCACAGCAGCAAUACCAGCAGCAGCAGCAUGAAGUUGCCCAUUCAUUCUAUGGCCAAGGCAACACAGUAUUGCUUCCUGUAGCAGAUCAUAACGCUCAGCAUCAGCAACCGCAACCAGUGCAGCUACACAGCCAGGGCCCCUCCUGUCCACCUCAGCCAGGCAAGCCCAGUCACUGCAGCGCCGCACCCUAUGCUGUUCAAGGAAACGGCCAGACCUACAGCUCCGCAUACAAGAACCCUUCUAACUGCCCUGCAACUGCAGCCGUUGUAGCUCUUCUGCCUCAGCCUCCUGCCAUCGCCUGUAUGGCGUACCAUCCCUUGGGACCACAGGUCGUGCACAACCAUCCAUUUGGAAAUACUAUGGUUGAAACGUCCAGGUCCAGCGUGGUAGGGUACCCACGGGAUCAGUUUGAGAUGCUCCCGGCGAUUACUGCCGCCCAACCUGUACUACCGGUUGAUAAGCUCAAUGCUGGCAGCAAUGUAACAUCGUCCCCUAGGGAAUGGUCAGCAUAGCGGUGGACGGUGCGCGGUCUUGCAUUUCACUGCUUCCACACAGCAUUCUACUAUACGUAUUGCAGCUGGGAGCUCGUCGGGUCUAUUUUAUCUGGCUCUUUUUUCCCCCAUCAGCCAGCAGAUUAGAACGGAUCCUUCUACCUUUUUCAGCUGAAGGUCGGUAUGGAAUAAGAUAAGUAGGUUGGCUGAGUGAUCACUGGUCGCUGUUGGCAUAUGCCCUCACUUUUAAUGGGCAUAUGUGCUUGUAACCAGGUGCGAGCUUAUAUUAUAUGCCUUUCUUAUAUGAGUACAUGACGGGUUUACAUCAGCUUGUCAGAUGUUUUUUUGUAACUGUGAAUUGCAUUACUCAUCCUCUGCAACAGAGAUGUCAAUAGAAAAUUUCCCACCAGGUACGGACACCUGUUACCCA